AUGCAUUCCCCACUCCGCAUAGCCGUAUUGGAAUGCGACACCCCGCUUGACAACAUCAACCGCCGCUAUAACGGAUAUGGCGGGGUAUUCCGCGUUCUCCUCAACGCUAGCGCCAAUGCCUUGAACCAGCCCGAGAGACUUGACCCCAAGACGGGUCUGGAAAUUACGGCUUGGGAUAUAGUCAACGAUGACAAAUACCCAAAGCUGGAAGAUAUCGAUGCGGUACUUCUAACAGGAUCAAAACACAACUCAUUCGAAGAUAUCCCCUGGAUCAACCGUCUGGUCGAAUUCACUCAACAAGUCCUCGCACAGGAUCGCGUCCGUCUCCUUGGAAUCUGCUUCGGACACCAAAUCGUCGGCCGCGCAUUAAACGUCAAGGUCGGACGAAGCGACCAAGGUUGGGAGAUCGCCGUGUGUGAUAUGGAUUUGACCAAUGAGGGAAAAGAGUUGUUUGGACGGGAUAAGAUCCGCAUCCAGCAAAUGCACCGGGAUAUUGUCUUCGAUUAUCCCCCGAACGUGAUUCCGCUGGGCUCAUCCCCGCGCUGUGCUGUGCAGGGUAUGUAUGUGCCGCGUCGCUUUAUCACUGUUCAGGGCCAUCCUGAAUUCACGGGGGACAUUAUCACGGAGAUUAUCCAGACCCGGGCCGAGCAAGGUAUUUUCAAGGAGGACCAAGCUCGGGAUGCUUUGAGCAGAGUUAAUAUUGAAAAUGAUGGUGUGGCUAUUGGGGUGACGUUCCUGAAGUUCCUACUGGAGGACUGA